UCCUCCAAGCUCCAGGCUUAACCGGUUUCCCGCCACCGCAAACGAAGUCCCUUACAAUUCCCAAUCUAUCCACCAUCUCCGGCUAACCGGAACGCCGACAACAGCUAUUCGCUAACAAGCCCGACCGCCACUUCGGCCAGCAUCUCCCGCCACCGUGCGUUGCACAAACUUGUGCUGACGAAGCCCACGUCCUUCCCCGUCGGCGGCGUCAUGGGGUUCUCGUUGUACCCCACGAAGUCGUCGACGCGCAUGCCGUGGAGCACCAGCUUCUUCCGCCACAAGUUCCCGGCCGCCGCUUCCUCCUUCUGAUUAAGGUAGCAUCUAGCUCCGGCCGGCCGGCCGGCCGCCUCUGUAUUUCAAGAGGAGGUGGAGGAGCAUACAUACGUACAUACACGUGAGGGUACGCGUACAGAGAUACUUCUUUUUCUUCUUCUUUGGAUCGUCGGUUAUUCGUACGUGGCGCGCGCAUGGACUCCGGCCGCCUCAUGGUCAGCUCCGCGGCGCCACUAUGCGCUGCCAGCGGUGGCGGCAGGCAGGCGCGUCUCUUCGGUGGCAGCGGCGGCGAUGGCUUCCUUGGAGGAGCGCCGGUGGUUGAGGCCUGUUCGGAGGACGGUCGGCGCAAGCGGGCGUUCCAGAUGAUGGCACACGAGGAGCUGCAACUCCAGCUCGAGCUGGACGAAGACGAGCUGCAUGGGGCGCCGGAGAGGAGGAAGCGUCGGCUGACGGCGGAGCAAGUGCGGGCGCUUGAGCUGAGCUUUGAGGAGGAGAAACGGAAGCUGGAGCCGGAGCGGAAGAGCGAGCUGGCGCGGCGACUGGGGAUCGCGCCGCGGCAGGUGGCCGUGUGGUUCCAGAACCGCCGAGCGCGGUGGAAGGUCAAGAAACUGGAAGAUGACUUCGGCCGCCUCAGGGCCGCCCACGACGAGCUGCUUGCCGGCCGCGACGCGCUCCUCGCUGACAACGACCGCCUCCGGUCACAGGUGAUCUCAUUAACUGAGAAACUGCAAGGCAAGGAGUCGGCGGCAGCGGCGUCACAGCCGGUGGAGGAGCCAAACGCGGUGUCAGAAGCCACAGACGCCGCUGCCAUACAGGCAGCGACGGUAUACGUUCAGCUCAUCAAAGACGACCAACUCCGCACCGAGACCACCGGCGCCGUGGUGCCGGUGGCGGCGCUAGGCUCUACCGGGGGACGAACCAACGACAGCCCCGAGUCCUACUUCGCCGGCGCGCGCUCACCUCCAUCGUCAUCGGAUGGCGAUGAGGAGUGCGCCUUCUUCCUCCCCGACGCCAUGCUCGUCGCGGCCGCGGAGGACGUGCAUGGCCAUGGGCGCGCUGAAGAGGACGGAGCGCAGCCCUACAGCUGGGAGUGGUUCUGGAACUGAACAUCAGCAGCACUGUUACACGGACGAAGUUUAAAUACUCCGGUUAUUAUUGCGCUGUAAUUUUACGUUUGUGUUUUUCGCUAGGAUUGAAACCAAGGAGAUGCUGAUUUAAGCUUGAAAUUGUUCGAGAUACAAAGUGCUGCAACAUUCGGUUGUAAUAUAGAAAAACUGUAUAAAGAUUGCAACGCAUGGAUCAAGAUGCUCUGACGUUUCUUACA